UGUGUGUGUGUGUGUGUGUGUGUGUGUGUAUAUGUUCUGGACUGACUGAGCUGCAGGCGUGAACAGUGAGGUGUAAAGAAGCGGUAGAGAAAGUGAAAGGAGUGUUUGAUAAGUGUAAAAACACAAACACACACACAGGCAGGCAGGCAGGCAUUCCUCCCCGGACACAGGCACAGACACAGGCCGACAGAGAGGCGGAGGCCCCGGGUCUUUGCUUCCAGGCAGCAGCAGCGGUUGAGCGGACGCAGCCAUGGCGAACAUCGCGGUGCAGAGGAUCAAGCGGGAGUUCAAAGAAGUUCUCAAAAGCGAAGAGACAAGUAAAAACCAGAUAAAAGUAGAUUUGGUGGACGAGAACUUCACAGAGCUGAUGGGCGAGAUCGCAGGUCCUCCAGACACACCUUACGAAGGUGGCAGAUAUCAGCUUGAAAUAAAAAUCCCAGAAACUUAUCCCUUUAACCCACCAAAGGUGCGUUUCAUCACUAAGAUCUGGCACCCUAACAUCAGUUCAGUGACAGGAGCGAUAUGUCUGGACAUUUUAAAAGACCAGUGGGCAGCUGCUAUGACCCUGCGGACGGUGCUGCUGUCUCUACAGGCCCUGCUCGCCGCAGCAGAACCAGACGAUCCACAGGAUGCAGUAGUAGCAAACCAGUAUAAGCAGAACCAAGAAAUGUUCAAACAGACUGCGAGGCUGUGGUCUCACAUCUAUGCAGGCGCUCCGGUCACCAGCCCCGACUACAAACACAAAAUAGACAAACUCUGUGCCAUGGGCUUCGACACGAAUGCAGUAAUAGCGGCCUUGUCUUCAAAAUCCUGGGAUGAGGAGACGGCGACAGAGCUGCUCCUCAGCAACUGAAACCCAGCCAGGUGUGAAGAUCCCAAAACUCCCUUCAUCAUGCAUCAGCUCCUUCUCCUCCUCCUCCCUUCUCCUCCCCCAACCAACCAACCAUUGCCUUUUUUGUUUCGUUACACAGACGACACCCUCCUCCUCUCUCCCUCCCUUCAUACUCACCACACUACAGCAGUCUGAGCCUUCUUUUAUAGCAAAGUUUGUUCGGCUACAAACUCGACACCGGUAGCACCACGAGUCGCCAAUAUGCACACCACCCUGUUGCCUGUCUGACCUCCUCCCCUUCUCUCCACCUCCCUCCCCUUCUCUCCACGACAUCUCUCCUUUUUUCUGCCUGCUAACUCUCAAAGUGUGUAUCCUCGUAAUAAGCCACCAAAAAAAAAAUCGAUCAUACAUCUCGUCUUCCAUACCGGCUGUGAAACUUUUUGUUUUAAUAUUGCAAAGAAUCAAAACGCCUGCCACUGCCUGGUGGAUGUUCAAGUGUUAAAAAAAAAAGAACGUGAAGGACGUCCUGCACGCUGCUCUCACAGUUUAAUCAACAUUUAUCAGUUUAAGACCUUUUAUGUCAGAUUAUCCUCUUUUAUGGACAUUUAAAUACGAUAAAAGGUCGAGCUGGACUUAAAAACGCGUUGUGCACGAGCAGUGUGACGGACUUUUCCUGAGCAGUUUGAUGAAGAUGCUUCAAUCAUUUUGCAGAAGUUUGGAUGUACAUGUUUUUGUUUUUUUUUGGGGUCUGUAGAGUUAGAAACGAUCACGCAGACAUCCUGAAACAUCUGCCCAGAAGGAAAAACUCUGUAAAUAGACGCGUGUAAAUUUGAAAAUACAAAAACGGGGAUAUACUUUUUUUCUUACAUGGCAUUGUAAAACAAAUUAUUUUAAAUAUAAACUAUGCCUAGUUUACAAUUCUAUGGAGAGAUAUCUUUUUAAGCUUUUGUGAUGCCUCUGAUUGAUUGUGUUGUGUUUUUCGGGGGUGGCACAGCCAAAGUCCUCGCCCUGAUGGCAUCUGACGGUCAUCACCACCAUCCAAACCUCGUGUCUUUUAUCGUCCCCCGCAUGUUCGACGCUGCCUUUAUUAUUUUAUUUGGCCAAAUGAUGUGGUGACGGUGGGGGGGCAAGCGACCUAAGCACACACACACGGUCUGGCGUGGUAUCCACAGGGAACCAAAGUCUGAACACAUUCGUCGGGCGCCCCUCCGAGAAGAAACGCGCGAUUCUUGAACGUCUUUGAAUGAGUUUAUUUUUUUUUUGCGAUGCUGUGGUUUUGUUUUUAAACUCCGGAUUAGCUCGGCCUCUCAGUCCUGAUGUUGAUCAUUAAGAGGGGGUGGAGCUUUGUCGCUCAAUCACUGAUUUAAUCCAACAAUCCAACAGGUGACAGACACGCUUUACCACCAGGUAAGAGGCUGGAACUCCUCUGAAGCAGGCCUGCACAGUGUGUUCACACGUGUUGAUUGGAGGUACAGACUGUAAAGAAACACUCACACACGGCCUUUUCCCUUUUGACUACCUUACGCUUGCCCCUCCAGCCUCCUACCAACACAGUGGCAUACUGCAGUACAUUACACGGUACAGUACAUGGAGUUAUCGUGCGCCCUCUCUCUCUCUCUCUCUCUCCGCUGACACAGAGCCAAAAAAACAAAAAUGUAAAAGUUCAGUCGGGGGGGUUGGAGGUCGAACGCGCACGUCAUCUCCUUUACUUGUAAAUAGUCGGGUUCUUGAUUCAAAAGAGCCGUCUUGUCACUAGAGUGCACCAUUGAUGGCUGGAUCUAUAUUUUGUAAGAAAAAGAAAGGACAAAAAAAGGAUUCUUCCCCCCCCCGGUGUUCUCACGAUGUACAAUAUUGCACGACGAUGAAGCGUAAAAACAAAAAGAAAAGGAGCUGUUGCAUCUCUCCGUUUCAACCGAGACUUAUUUUUCCUCUUUUGUUUCCUUGGAAGUAAGCAUCAGCAGUAUAUAUAUAAAAAAAAAAAGCAUGGUUAUUUAUUGUGACAGUGUCAUGUUUCUUUGAUUAAAAAAGUAAAAAAAUUAAGUCCAGAGUUUGUCGCCUCUUUCUUUGUUUGUGUGAUGAAGACAAACGCACUGCAUGGUUUUAACAUCUAAAAGCAUUUAUUUUCUGGAAAAGAAAUUAAAUAUGAUCAUGAAGAAUACUACAUCAAAAAAAAAAAAAAAUUGUCGUCAACACAAACCCGCAAAAGAUUUCCACUCACUCAAUGCUUGAAAAGCACGCGUUACCCAACAAAAUAACAAGUACAAAAAA